CAUAUCUGGCAACUUGUACUCUCUCCUUUUGAUCCUUAAAAUUCCACCACCAAAGGACCAGCCCUCCCUUCAGCUUCUUUUUUAUUGACUUGCGGAAGGGUUGCGGGCUGUUAUUGAAGUGCAUUUGAAAUCUUUCCUGCCCAAUUGUUCCCUUCUCCGUCACCCAAAAUUGGCAUACGUCAACAACAUCGUGAAAGUGAGGACCAACAACCAUCAUGGUCCGAUUAAGGGAAAUCCCCCGGACUGCCGCCUUUGCGUGGUCGCCAGGCAGUGCCAAACCACUGCUCGUAACGGGGACUCGUGCAGGAGCUGUCGAUGCCGACUUCUCGGACGAGACAACUCUCGAGCUGUGGGACCUCAACCUCGAUAGCCUGGAACAGGGCUUGGAACUCCAGCCCAUUGCAAGCAUUGUCACCGACUCGAGAUUCUACGAUAUCGCCUGGGGCCCCCCGAAUGCCGAGCACCCCCGAGGAAUCAUCGCCGGUGCCUUGGAGAAUGGCUCCCUCGACCUAUGGGACGCCGAGAAGCUGAUUGCCGGAGCUUCGGACGCGUUCAUGUCGCGCACCACCAAACAUACCGGCGCCAUCAAGUCUUUACAAUUCAACCCCAUAAAGCCCCAGCUUUUGGCGACUGCGGGCGCCAAAGGCGAGCUGUUCGUGUACGACGUCGACGACGUAUCGACGCCUUUUCGCCUCGGUACCGCCGCAGCUCGUUCUGACGAUAUCGAGUGCAUUGCCUGGAACAGAAAAGUGCCAAACAUCCUUGCGACCGGCGCCGCCGGUGGGUUUGUCACGGUUUGGGAUCUCAAGACAAAAAAGGCUUCCUUGACCUUGAACAACAACCGAAAGCCCGUGAGCGCCAUUGCGUGGGAUCCCAACAAUUCCACCAAGCUCCUGACGGCCACACCUGAUGACACCACUCCUGUCAUUCUCCUGUGGGAUCUCAGGAACUCGAACGCCCCAGAACGGACUCUGCAAGGUCAUGACCAAGGAGUCCUGUCUCUCUCAUGGUGUCAGCAAGAUCCCGACUUGUUGAUCUCUUGCGGCAAAGACAACCGGACCCUGAUCUGGAAUCCCCAGACUGGCGAGCGUUAUGGAGAGUUCCCCGAGGUUACGAACUGGACAUUCCUGACCAGGUUCAAUCCUAGCAACCCCGACUUGUCGGCUACGGCCUCCUUCGACGGCAAGAUCACCGUGCAGACGCUGCAGAACACCAACCCCUCUGCUGCGCAGGCUUCCACUCAGAGCGGCCUUGAUGGGGAGGAUUUCUUCACCAAGGCUCAGACCCAGCCUCAGGGGGCCUCCUUUUCCUUGGGAAAGGCGCCGUCCUGGUACGAGAGACCGGUGGGAGUCUCCUUUGGUUAUGGCGGAAAGCUGGUCAUAUUUGGGAAGAAUCAGACAAGCCCCGGUCAACGCAGGUCGUCCCGGAUCCAGAUCUCGCAAUUCUCUGUUGAUUCCGACAUUGGAUCCGCAACUGAAAAAUUCGACGAAGCAUUGAAAGCUGGGGACAUUUCCAGCAUCUGCCAAUCUCAUGUGGAGCAGUCCAAGACCGAGGAAGACAAGGCAGCAUGGCAAAUCCUCCAAAGCCUUGAUGGCGCCGACGGCCGGGCCAAGAUCGUAGAGCAUCUUGGUUUUGGCAAAGAAGAAACAGUGGCCGGAGCCGAGGACGAGACUGCGGCAUCCACAGAACAGAAGGAUGAGGGACUGUCUGCCCCAACCCAGGCUAACGGCAUGGGAGGACACAAGAAACGCCUGUCCAGUCUGUGGGCGGAUGGUGAAGACACAGAAGACUUCCUGUCCGACUUGACGGCAAAUAAAGGAGCCAAGACAGAUGAUCCUUUCCACUUGCUCAGCGAGGGGAAUACUGCUCUUGAAGACCAGAUCACAAAGGCUCUGGUGGUCGGUAAUUUCGAGAAGGCCGCCGAGAUUUGCCUGCAAGAGGACAGAAUGGCCGAUGCCUUCGUCAUCGGCAACUGCGGUGGGAAGGACCUGCUCGACAAGGUUCAGGCUGCGUAUCUGGCGAAGAAGAAGGGUAGCCCGAGCUAUCUGCGCCUCCUCACCUCGGUCGUUUCCAAUAAUCUCUGGGACGUGGUGUAUAAUGCGGAUCUAGCAAACUGGAAGGAGACCAUGGUAACUCUCUGCACCUUUGCCGACCCCUCGGAAUUUCCCGAUCUUUGCGAAGGUCUUGGUGACCGGAUCAUUGAAUCGGGGUCUAGAACGGAUGCCUGCUUUUGCUACAUUGUUGGCUCCAAGCUCGAUAAAGUCGUGGGCAUCUGGGUUGAAGAGCUAAAGGAAGCGGAGCUGGCCGGUAUGAAGGAGUCUGCUGACGAUUCGACCUUCUCCGUUCAUGCCAGGUCACUGCAGCACUUUAUCGAGAAGGUCACCGUCUUCCGACACGUCACCAAAUAUGCCGACUCGGAGAAGGAGUUGGCCUCUGGGUGGAAGCUUGCCGCGUUGUAUGACAAGUACACCGAGUAUGCUGAUAUAGUGGCUGCCCAUGGUCAGCUCGCCAUUGCGCAGAAGUAUCUCGAUCUUCUUCCGACACAAUACCCUGCUGCGGAGGUUGCAAGGAGCCGCAUCAGACUUGCGACUCAGAGAGCUACUCCUCACGGUGCGGCUCGCCAACCCGCGUCCACCGCCAGAGCGGCUUCUCGUCAACAGCCAUAUCAAGCUUCGGCCCCGGCUCCCAGCGCGAGUCCUUUAAAUCCCUAUGCGGCACCAACGCAGCAAUCAUCGGUGCCCGCUGCGAACAAUCCCUAUGCGCCCGCUGGGGCUAUGCCGUAUCAGCCCGUGGGAGCAUCUCCCUAUGCUCCUCAGGGGCAGCAGGGCUACAUGCAGACUCCCCCAUCGGUUGGAAGCUAUGGUCCCCCGCUAGGUUACGGCCAGCCAACACCUUACGGCGCACCACCAGGGGGCAAUCAGCGAGGGUCGGCCCCUCCUCCGCCUCCUUUCAAGCCCAAGGAUGUCAGCGACUGGAAUGACGUUCCCAUGGUGGUUAAGCCGCCAACUCGCAAGCAAACACCAAAGGUUGCCCCAAUCACAUCGCCGUUCCCCAACCAGCCCAACUUGGCAUCGCCACCUCCAUCCGGUGCCUUUCAACAGGGGCCGCGGAGCACUGCAACGCCCCCUCCACCCCCUCCGAAAGGGUCGGCCCCGCCCCGGAUGCUCUCCCCCCAACUGUCAGGGCCGCCACAAGCGGGCUACCAGCCUGCAAGACCACCUUCGGCAGCUACCAAUGCUUACGCACCUCCACCGCCGCAAGGUGGCACUUCUAUGAUGCCCCAGGUCGUGCCACGGACAGCGUCGCCUUACAAUGCAGCCCCUUCAGGCCCUCCGCCCACGAGCAGGUAUGCGCCGUCACCGGCGCCCCAGCAGUUCAACCAACCUUCUCCCGGGAUACCGCUUGCGCCUCCACCAGGUAACACUCGACCACCGCCACAAAGUCCAUAUGCUCCUGCUCCCCAAACCACCCAAGCCUCCAGUCAGUAUGCGCCGGCCUCGUUCGAGGCCGCCCCUCAGAUGGGUCGGCCGGCAGUAGCACCACCACCACAAUACACAGGACCCCCAGCGACCACUAAACCAGCGCCGACGCCGCCGCCACCGCGAGCUACAGCACCUCCCAAAGCCAGACACCCUCAAGGUGACAGGUCCCACAUCCCGGCCAGCGCUCAGCGACUAGUGGAGAUACUCGAGCGCGAUAUGCAGCGCGUAGCGUCGAAGGCUCCGGCAUCAUUCGCACAGCAGGUCAAGGAUACACAAAAACGCCUUGGCCUCCUCUUUGAUCACCUCAACAAUUCCGAGCUGGUCAAAGAAGAUACGAUUGGACAACUAUCUCAACUCGGCGAGGCGCUCGAGUCCAAGAAUUACGACGUCGCCCAAAGACUGCAGGUUGAGAUUCAGCGAGACAAGACGGACGAAUGUGGCAACUGGAUGGUCGGAAUCAAACGCCUUGUCGCCAUGAGCAAGGCCACUCCCUGAGGCAUCGAUAUGCUGGAUGUCCAAAAUCACAGUGGAUCGGACGUGACAGCCGCCAACUAAAGGCAGUAAAAAGUAUCAAUGUAUCAGAGUAGAGCGAUUGCGAGAUGUUUAGCACAGAACACAGUGAUUCCCAUAUUCCACAUCCCAAUAGUAUCCAUCUCCUGCUGUAUUCAUGAUGCUGGCCUUGGCUCAUCCACUUCCCGUCCUGGAUUCCUCAUAGUCAUCGCUUGCUGGAAUAAUAGGCAAACUAACGGUAGACUUGGUAUUUCCAAUUUACAGUUACAUUGAAUGUAGUCUUUAGACAUGGA